AUGGCGAACAAGAAAAUCGGGAAGGUUAUCAGACAAGGGGAGCGUCGCUCAGCGAGAUACGCCGCUCGACAGGCUAGUGAAACAGGUAAUCCCAAUCUUCCUGUAAUAGUCGAGGAACCAGUGACCAUGGAUGCAGGUCGAGAACAGGAAACUAGAAAUAAGGAGCAUGCAAUCCCAGAUGAGGCAGAGAAAUCAGAUCCUGAAGUGCCUCCGCUGCAGACAAAGAGGAGAAAAACAAAGUCAAGCAAAGAUAAGGAUACUCUGUCACAACUCCUGGAACAAUCGACACCUGGUUCAAGUGAGCAUGCACCGUCUAACUCUGAGAAGGAUCUGACAACUGAGCAUGUUGAAGUGAGAACAUCUCAGGAAGGACCUGUAGUUGAAGAAAAAGAACCCGAUGGCGAAAAUGUUCAGUCUGACAACUCUCUGGAUCUCGAUGUUCAGACUCAGGGGGAUAAACAAGCUGAAACUGGCGAAAUACAAGAACAGUUGGACGAUGACAUCGUUGAACAAGAUGGAGUGAGCGAUGACCGAACCAUUACUGAAGCCUUAGACGGAAUGUCAAAGGAAGACGAUGCGGAUACAGUAAUGGAGACUCAAUCCCGAGCCCCAGAAGUUUCUGUUCAAGUAAGUUCCGAUAACUCAGAUAGUCCUUUGAUUGUUAUGCAACAAAAGGCUAGGUCAAGAGCAAACGUGAAACAGAAUAAGACUUCGAGAGGAAAGAAGAAGGUCUCACAAGGCUCGAAAAGGGCAAAGAUGCACAGAAAAACAAAGAAGGGGAACUCAGAAGGACCAUCUGAAUCAAGCAUACCGAGUAAUGAAACAGGGGUUAGGAGUGUCAAACCACUGUCUGAGAAAUUUUUGUCUGCUGAGACCAAGAAGAGAUUCGAAAAAUUCAAGGGAGUGGAAGUACUUGCAGAAAGGAAUGUGAACGUCAUGGAUUUUCGAAAGAAUCAUGUCUGGGAUCUAUUUGCAGAACGACAGCUCACAGGAACACUAACUUAUGCGUGUUCAUUUAGUAAAGGGUUGGUAAGAGAAUUCUAUGCCAAUCUAACACCUAGCACCGAUAUCCCUGGUGAUUUCAUGCAUUACAAGGCGUUUGUGAGAGGAAGAUUCAUUGAAUUCUCUCCCACCAUCAUCAACAAACUGUUGGGCACACCUGAUGACUCAACUCAGGGAUUGGAAGAUCUUCCAGAGGGAACUACACUUGAGGAUUUGGAAGUAGCUCUGACUGGAGAAUAUGUUGCUGAUCGAAGUGGCAAGCUCCCUAUUGCUGGUCUUAAGUUUGAAAGUCGAGUAAUGCAUCUGAUUGGAAAGACGAACUGGUUGCCUACUCGAAGAACUGAUGUUCUACAGGACGAAUUAGCCCUACUGAUAUUCAAGUUACUGAGGAAAGAGGAUGUGAAUCUGGGAAGGAUUAUCUAUAGUCACAUCCUCUCAAGGGCUGCUGACAUGAGAAUUCUGAGAUUACUGAGGUGA